AGAAGGGACCAAAUUCUGAUAAGCUACUGUAUGCUACAAUGACAACAUUAGUAAACUAGAAAAGCAAAAAGGACUUUCCCUGGCUGAAGCCACACCCCCAGAAUGCUGAAGGAAGAGGGGCUGGUUGUCUGUGCUGAGAACACAUCACACGCCAACUUCUCCGACUCCACACUCGAUUACGGCUGUUAAGAAAGGCAAAGCAUGACUGUGGACUACGGGAUGUGUGCGCGUCGGCUGCUUCGAAGGUGUGUCAUCUUAUUCCUGGUAUCGGUUCAGUUCAUUCAAAGUAAAGAUGUCACCAUGGUGAUAGGAGAGGUGGGUGGGGCUGUGACCCUCCCCUGUACCUCUGACAUCCAGAGACUCCCAAACCACCUGUAUGUACAGAGACCUGACCCAAACAAGUUCAUUAAUGGCUACCAUAAGACGAGGGACUUACCAUCCCCUCACCCGGAGUAUGCAAACCGUACUCAAGUAGACCACACACAGGGAACAAUGAGGCUGUGGAAUAUACGGCUGUCAGAUGAGGGGCUGUACGAAUGCCACAUCGGAUACCCAACCACGAACAACCAGAAGAACAUACAACUCAGUGUGACAGCCAACUACAGCACCCCCAAUGUAACAGUGGCCUGUGACAACGGCAACUGCUUGGUGACAUGCUCCUCUGACAACGGUUACCCUCGUAGGGAUGUUGAGUGGAGCCUGAACCCUCCUCUGAACCAGAGCCACUGGGGAGUAGUGAACAGCAGUGGGGGGUCAGACCCGGGGUCUAUGCUGUUCUCUGUCUUCAGUUCCAUAUCCAUCAACUGCUCCUCUGGACCCCGGCUGAACCUCAGCUGUGCUGUAGGGGGCGCCCUCUCACAGGAACACAUUGUCUGCAGGCAUCCUGAUAUCUCUGUUGUCUCUGUGAUCUCUGCUGUCUCUGUGAUGGCUGCUGUUCUGCUGUGUUUCCUGGUUCUGGUAUCUAGCAGCAAGAAAAAGAAGGCUCAGACAGCCAGAGAUAAUCAAGGAGGAAAGGGAGCAGCAAGUUCAGAGGAAAAUGUACAGCUGACCUGAAGGAACCCAGAAACUUGAACAUUUGGAAGGCAGAAUGUGAAAGGUUCUAUCAUUUGAUAAUUAUAAAUCUGAACUCAUUGGAUACUGCCUUCUAAUGGGACAUGAUAACGGGGUUGCUGAGGUGACCUAACCAUUGCCUGGACUUGUUGCUGUUGGAAACCAUGUUAGCUUUCCUCUACACGCUGCAGUUCAGGGGUGUUUUCACGGUGUUGAGGAGACUGACAAUUGUAUAAAUAUUUAACUAGUAUGUUCAAAUGACUGAGUUCCACAGAAGAACCAAUGAAAACUAGAAGUGCAAUGACUGUCCUCAAUGUGUGCACUAAACCAGGGUAUGUAGUAUCCAAGGGAACAUAUCUAGUAUUUGUACUGCGUUUGUAUUAGGACUAGAGACAUGCACUGCACUUUAGAGAAGUGUACACUUAUCCAGUGAGCACUUAUCAGGGAUGGACUGUAUUCAACUGAUGAAUACUGGAAGUGAAUACUGGAAGUGGAUACUGGAAGUGGAUACUGGAAGUGAAUACUGGAAGUGAAUACUGGAAGUGAAUACUGGAAGUGGAUACUGGAAGUGAAUACUGGAAGUGGAUACUGGAAGUGAAUACUGGAAGUGGAUACUGGAAGUGGAUACUGGAAGUGGAUACUGGAAGUGAAUGUGUCUGUCCGUAAUAGAUCUUACCUCAGAUCCUAUACCAGCAUCUCCCAGUAGGUCCGUGUCCACCCCACAUACAGUUGAAGUUAGAAGUGUACAUACACUUAGGUUGGAGUCAUUAAAUCUAAUUUUUCAACUACUCCACAAAUUUCUUGUUAAUUAACAAACUAUACUUUUGGCAAGUCGGUUAGGACAUCUACUUUGUGCAUGACACAAGUCAUUUUUCCAACAAUUGUUUACAGAUAGAUUAUUUCACUUAUAAUUCACUGCAUCAUAAUUCCAGUGGGUCAGAAGUUUACCUACACUAAGUUGACUGUGCCUUUAAACAGCUUGGAAAAUUCCAGAAAAUGAUGUCAUGGCUUUAGAAACUUCUGAUAGGCUAAUUGACAUCAUUUGAGUCAAUUGGAAGUGUACCUGUGGAUGUAUUUCAAGGCCUACCUUCAAACUCAGCACCUCUUUGCUUGACAUCAUGGGAAAAUCAAAAGAAGUCAACCAAGACCUCAGAAAAAUAGACCUCCACAGGUCUGGUUCAUCCUUGGGAGCAAUUUCCAAAUGCCUGAAGGUACCACGUUCAUCUGUACAAACAAUAGUAUGCAAGUAUAAACACCAUGGGACCUUGCUGCCAUCAUACCGCUCAGGAAGGAGACGCGUUCUAUCUCCUAGAGACGAACGCACUAUGGUGCGAAAAGUGAAAAUCAAUCCCAGAACAACAGCAAAGGACCUUGUGAAGAUGCUGGAGGAAACAGGUACAAAAGUAUCUACCCACAGUAAAAGGGGUACUAUAUCGAAACAACCUGAAAGGCCACUCAGCAAGGAAGAGGCUACUGCUCCAAAAUCACCAUAAAAAAGACAGACUACGGUUUGCAACUGCACAUGGGGACAAGAUUGUACUUUUUGAGAAAUAUCCUCUGGUCUGAUGAAACUGUUUGGCCAUAAUGACCAUCGUUAUGUUUGGAGGAAAAAGGGGGAUGCUUGCAAGCUGAAGAACACCAUCCCAACCGUGAAGCACGGGGAUGGCAGCAUCAUGUCAUGGGGGUGCUUUGCUGCAGGAGGGACUGGUGCACUUCACAAAAUAGAUGGCAUCAUGAGGGAGAAACAUUAUGUGGAUAUAUUGAAGCAACAUCUCAAGACAUCAGUCAGGAAGUUAAAGCUUGGUCGCAAAUUGGUCUUCCAAAUGGACAAUGACCCCGAGCAUACUUCCAAAGUUGUGGCAAAAUGGCUUAAGGACAACAAAGUCAAGGUAUUGGAGUGGCCAUCACAAAGCCCUGACCUCACACCUAUAGAACAUUUGUGGGCAGAACUGAAAAAGCGUGUACAAGCAAGGAGGCCUACAAACCUGACUCAGUUACACCAGCUCUGUCAGGAGGAAUGGGCCAAAAUUCACCCAACAAACCCGAAACGUUUGACCCAAGUUAAACAAUUUAAAGGCAAUGCUACCAAAUACUAAUUGAGUGUAUGUAAUCUUCUGACCCACUGGGAAUGAGAUGAAAGAAAUAAAAGCUGAAAUAAGUAAUUCUCUCUACUAUUAGUUUGACAUUUCCCAUUCUUAAAAUAAAGUGUUGAUCCUAACUGACCUAAAACAGGGAAUUAUUACUAGGAUUAAAUGUCAGUAAUUGUGAAACUGAGUUUAAAUGUAUUUGGCUAAAGUGUAUGUAAACUUCCGACUUCAACUGUAUUGCUGCCAGUCUAAACUGGUUUUAAAGCUGAGAUCCGGUGAAACGGCGCCAUUGGCUGCCGCAUUAUUUCGUGUUUUUCUUUUAAACGGGGCAGAUGAGCUGCUCUUCUAUCGCAUGUGAAAUGAUGUCAGAGGGGAAAAAAACGGUUUUCUUUGUUUGCAGUAACGUCUUUGUUGUAAUAUCGCAAACGGACGAGGCAGUUUUACCUCUACGCAUUCCAGAUUUAAGGACGUACAGGUGCUGGUUUUUCAGUGUUUGUGAGCAGAAGACGAAUGCUGAACGUGUGUAACAAUGUGUCUUGAUUCUUUUUGGAAUUAUUUUCAACAUUUUUUUGUAUGUAGGCUAAAUAUUUAUAUGAAAUAUGUUGUUCUCAUGUAAGGUCAUCUUGAGGGCAUAUCAUAUUUUUAUUCUUUUAUAUAAGUUAUUAAUGUUAAAUUAUGUCUUUCAACUUUUUAAUAGCUAUUAAAAAUGGUCUACUUUGCUAUAAAUAAGUGGUGGAGCUGUUGACAACACACAGCCCUUUUGUAGGAUCAAUUCUGUUAGGAACUCAGUCGGGGGCUUAAUUUACUGUUUAAAGUUAGAAUAGUAGACUACACAAGGUUAUAUUUCAAAAUUGGGUUUUGAAUCUGCAGCUUUUCCCAAUACAUGUAUCACUCGACACCCAAAAGGCUAGGUCCGGCUCUGACUGCAUGUGUGGGUAUGGAUGUGGGUAUGUAGACCCACGAGCCAGUGUGGCCCCGAAUGAUGAGUUCAGUUUUUGUGUGGCCCUCACCCCCAUCAAAGUUGCCCAUCCAUGUUAUUGUAUGGUGUAAUUAUUACACCAAAUUGCAGUAUCCGUGUUCAUCAGCAGAUGUCAGCCUCACCACAGAUUUAUACUCACCCACUCUACAGACUGAAGAGCCUUAUAGUAGUACUUGUGACCUGUCUUAUACAUGCUGAAAAAGGGUAGUCUGUAGAUCCAAUGUUGUUCAAUGCCAUUUCUUCCACCUUGGUGUCUACUGCAAACAGCUCGUCUGUCUGCCUCUGACUGGAAUGAAGAGAUAAGGGGAAGAUGUGAGAGGAAAGGAAAAGAGAAAUUAUACUCUCCAUUCAGCAGACAGUUUCAGUGUUUAUUGGGACAAGAGAAUGGUGUGGUCUUGCACCACUUACCUUUUAAUCAAACCUACAGACCAGAGCUAACUCGCACAGUAGGGAGAAACCACACAUCUCUUUACCUUUCUCUCUCUCGCUUGCUCUCUCUCUCUCCCUCCCAACCCCUCCUCUCCCACCCUAGUAUCUCUCGAUACCUGUCUAUCUCCCCCCCCCUCUCUCCUCUCCCACCCUAGUAUCUCUCGAUCCCUGUCUAUCUCUCUCUCUCUCCCAACCCCUCCUCUCCUACCCUAGUAUCUCUCGAUCCCUGUCUAUCUCCCCCCCUCUCUCUCCUCUCUCACCCUAGUAUCUCUCAAUCCCUGUCUAUCUCUCUCUCUCUCCCUCCCUCCCAACCCCUCCUCUCCUACCCUAGUAUCUCUCGAUCCCUGUCUAUCUCUCCCCCUCUCUCUCUCUCUCUCCUCUCCCACCCUAGUAUCUCUCGAUCCCUGUCUAUCUCUACCCUCCUCCUCCAUCUCUCACAUGAAUCAUUGUGCCAGUCGGUCCCUCCCCUGUGUUUACAUUAAACAGUAGAAUCACUCCAGCCUGCUUAGACUUCAGGAAUGUAACAGCCUCUCUCUCUCUCUCUCUCUCUCUCUCUCUCUACCUCUCACUCUCUCUCUCACUCUACCGCUACCUCUCUCUCUCUCUCUCUCACUCUACCACUACCUCUCUCUCUCUCUCUCUCUCUCUCUCUCUCUCUCUCUCUCACUCUACCACUACCUCUCUCUUUACCUCAUCUCCCUCCCUCCCUGGUCUAGCCCAAAGAAAAGAAAUAGAAACAGAGUGCCUCCACUCAUCCUCCUGGUAGACACACACCAGAUUAUUCUAGAAACACUAGUAAAUUAACCAGUUUGGCCUGUUUCUGCAGACACACACACACGCAGGAAUAGUCAGAGGAGUCAGAAGGAAGCCGAUAUAAUGAUGGUGGAGGCCUUGAAUAAUCGCUCCAUUUUACACACGUCUACAGACCACUGAGCUGGCACAACUUACUGUCUGUGUUCCUUUACAGAGAGGCAACCUCUGCUCCAGUCUACUGUGGCCAACACCAAACAACAGCCUAAUGAGAUUAUUCCACUUCAGAAUGUCAACUAAAUGAGUUUAGGGCUGAGAGAGCCAAAGCACUGUGCUGUAGGACAAGAGAUCGAUUCAGGAGAGCAGAGCUGAAAUCUGAUCAGCACCAGGGAAGGUUCUCUAUUCCUCUAAAAAUAGAUCCAUGCAUUUCACAAUCACAACAACACCCAGCAUAUGAUACGUGGGUGUGUGGCAUGUCUGUUACUAAGGAGAGAGUGGAAGACAGAGAGGAGGAAAGACAGGCUAAUGGAGAGAGAGAGAGAGAGAAAGAGCUGGGCGAACUGAACUGACAAUGUUUGAACUGAUUCAUUGUUUCAGCCAUUUUAGGAAGGUAUGUUACGGUUCCUAUAGGACAACUCUGACCCUUGGAGCAAGAGAUGACCUGGAAGUAUUUAUCACCACUUUGGCUUCUAACCUUUGACCUUUCCACUGAGAAGUGGGAGGAGGGCAUACACACAGCUGAGCAGAGGGGGUGGUGAUGAAUACUCAGAUGGGAAUACCACUGAGAGGCUUCCAUUCCGAUCAGAGAUUCUCAGACAAACCCUUUGGGACCGAGCUACAGUCACGAGUGUAGAUUCUAUGUCUGCUGUGUGUGAUGCUGGAAACCUGAGGAGUUGUUAAUAAGAGUCCAUGUUUAUUAAUAACACUGCUUAAGACAUUUACUGUCAUAACAAGUAUACAUGUACGGUACACACACACACAUACACACACACAUACACAUACACACACACACACACAUACACUGAUGCGUUAUGCGUGGCCAUGAAAAGACACACGCUAAAGGUUAGAUAUCACUUUGACACAAUGACAGCAGGCAGUCUAAUCAUUCUGAGCUGCCAGUCAUAUAUCAAUACAUAAAUACAUCAAACAGAGCUCCCAUAGGACCAUGGACACCAGCACACCAUAGACUCAUCUAGCUACCACUGGGACUUUAGGACCAUGGACACCAGCACACCAUGGACUCAUCUAGCUACCACUGGGACUUUAGGACCAUGGACACCAGCACACCAUGGACUCAUCUAGUUACCACUGGGACUUUAGGACCAUGGACACCAGCACACCACGGACUCAUCUAGCUACCACUGGGACUUUAGGACCAUGGACACCAGCACACCAUGGACUCAUCUAGCUACCACUGGGACUUUAGGACCAUGGACACCAGCACACCAUGGACUCAUCUAGUUACCACUGGGACUUUAGGACCAUGGACACCAGCACACCAUGGACUCAUCUAGCUACCACUGGGACUUUAGGACCAUGGACACCAGCACACCAUGGACUCAUCUAGCUACCACUGGGACUUUAGGACCAUGGACACCAGCACACCAUGGACUCAUCUAGUUACCACUGGGACUUUAGGACCAUGGACUCACCUAGCUACCACUGGGACUUUAGGACCAUGGACACCAGCACACCAUGGACUCAUCUAGUUACCACUGGGACUUUAGGACCAUGGACACCAGCACACCAUGGACUCAUCUAGUUACCACUGGGACUUUAGGACCAUGGACACCAGCACACCAUGGACUCAUCUAGCUACCACUGGGACUUUAAGAAUCCUACACACAAACACACUCACACACACAGGACCAAUGAGUCAUAUAUAGGUAGCUUACGUCUCUCACACUCACAGGAGCUGAGAGCUCUGAGGGCAGCUCUGAACUCAAACACACUGUUCAUGACUUACAGGCUGUUCUGAUCAACACACAUGUUGUGGUUGUGUAGACCCACUGUGCUCGCUGUCACUUUGAGUAGAGCUCAAUCGCUUCUUCUCUCUCUCUCUCCCCCUCUCUCUAUCCCCCCCCCCCUCUCUCUCUCUCACUCUCACUCUCACACACACACACACACAGAGAGAGAGAGAGAGAGCAGGCUGAACACAGCAGACACCAGGGGUCCGGCCUAUAAAAGAAGCCAGUGGUGGCUGCCUGCCUGACUCACAAAGUCUGAUACAAUCUGUGAUUUAGUAAUAACAGUGUGUAAGAGAGGGUGUGUAAAAGAGAUGCAUGUUUUCCCUUUUCUACUUUAACUAUUUGUGCAUCGUAACAAUGCUGUAUACUGUAUACAUAUGACAUUUGAAAUGUCUUUAUUCUUUUGGAACGUUUGUGAGUUUGUUUACUGUUAAUUAUUUAUUGUUUAUUUCACUUUUGUUUAUUAUCCAUUACACUUGCUUUGGCAAUUUAAACAUAUGUUUUCUAUGCCAAUAAAGCCCUCAAAUUGAA